GUAAAAAAACAAACAAUUAAACAACAAUUCAUUUAAAUCAUAUUUAUAAUUGGUCGAGCAUUAAAAUGGCUCCAUGUAUCAAGCUCACGUCAUUGUCAACUAAACAGUUAACUAUUAUUUGUUCAUUAAUUGCUACUGUAAUAACAAUUGGAGUUGUGGUAACAAUUACAAUAAGAAAUGGAUCUCCAAACCUCCAAGAAAGCAACAUCCAAGAAUAUGCGCUUAAAAUUCAAUCGACUGAACCUCAAUGGAUACAGUUUGUUGAUGAAGCGACAUCUCUUGUGAAUGCUUUUAAUGCUGGUACUAAUGAUCACUCUGAACCAAUUUAUGUUUGUCGUGUCAAUCUCGGCGACCAAAUUUUACCUGGAACUUACAGCUCUAACCAAGCGUCAUGUCAAGUUACUUAUGAUUAUUUCAUUCAUGGACAUAAGGAAUUUGAAAUACUCAUAGCUGAGGAUCAUUCAAUAUUUGUCUGGCAAGAUGUUAAUAGUUAUGAUGAUAAUGUUUCAAAUGGUGCACUAAUAGGAGGAAUCUCUGCAUCUAAAUAUGAUAUUAAAAUAGCAAAAGUUGGGCGCAAGGAUGAUGAACGGAUUGGUAGAGUGGAUUGGACCACUAAAGAAGCUCUAGCACCAAUUGGUCAAUACGAACAUAAAUUUAGAGAAUAUCAAGUUCUGUGUUUAUAUGAUUACAGUUUACUCUGAUUAUAACCGAAUAUCAAUUUAAUGCAAAUCAGAAGAUUCAUAUUAAUCCACUUUGCUUCUCGUUUUCAGUUUUAAUGCACCAGUUUUUAUUAAACAUAUAAUGAAACUGGUAAUCUAUACUGGUGUCAAUACCAAAGUACCAGAGUUUACUUCGACAAGAUAAUAGGCUGUCAUCCUUAUUCAGCCAAUCGGGGUUAAUAGAUGUGAAUAUGUAUCAUAUUAAUAUACCUAAUUGUGAUCAAAUUUUCAUUCUGAAGAUUAAACUAAUGAAGAUCCUUCUAACAUACCAAGAAUAAGAUUUGUGUUUAGUAACUUUACCAAGUCAAAUCUGACUACAUGAGCAAUACAAUGCUAUAACAUUUUUUAUACAGUAGUAUUUUGAGUGUUCUAAUAUUCCAUUAUAUUGUAGCCCAUAAUGUAGUCUGAUGUUUGCUCAAGAACUAUGAUUGUAGAUGAUACCAUUACCAUGAUAUUUAAGGUCAAAUUGAAUUUCUCAAAAACUCGUUGAAAUAGAUUUGUUUUACAGUAACAAAAAAUGUCAUUUCUCAAAGUAAAACAAUUUUCUGGUUUUUCACCAAAAGUGUUGAAACAUCAGUAAAGUAAGUUUCGUGUAUAAACAAAAUAAGAUAAGUAUUUAAAAUACUUUUUGGUAUAACUUGAUAUCAAAUGUCACAUCAGGUCAGCUCUAACCGAUUACAAUAAAGCACUUUGUAACUUGGUAGAGCUUCGUGUUGGCGUCACCUAUUGGUGUAGUUUGAGUCAUUUGCUUUCGUUGUUCUGGGAACCACCAAACAACCCAAACUUGUUUUGAGCAACAUUUUGUUGAAAUUUUGGUAAAUAGUGAACCGAAAAAAGAGUUUGUUUGGCCAUGUUUUUGUGAGUUCAGACAUUUUCUCACCAAGUAUUCAUCUUGAACACAAUAUCUUCUCAUAGUCUUUACCAUUUUAAAUAAAUCUCAUCAUAUUUGUCUAAAAAUCGAUUGGAGUUUCAUCUAAAAUGAGUGAAAACAAAACAACUAUAAAAGUUAAGUUGGGUGAUGAAGAUUAUUAUGACAUUGUUAUUGACUGGACUGAUUAUCGCUACAAAUACCAUCAACAAAUAUAUGAUCAGCUUGCAGUCUACACCGGAAUACCACAUUUUUUUAUGUGUUCAAGCUUCAUUACGAAUAGAGGAUCAACUAUGAUGAUGUCAAAUGUGCAUCGCUUGUGGAGAGCACAAGCCCGCAAUGAAUCAGUUAGAUUUUUCAGACGUAGAGUUCAUGAUGGCGAUUGCUUUACUCUGAAUUUUAAUAUGCAAUUCCUAUAUGAUCAAGAUGAGAUUUUUCAUGUGAAUGUUAACCUAACCGACUCAAGAAAUUCCCAUGGCAAUGAAUGUAAUUCAUUUUGGUGUAAAUAUAAAAGUACUAGAGUUUACUUGAACAAGAUAAUAGGAAUACUUAAAAACUCAGAAUUUCAAAAGCAAAUCAAAGCUGAAUUUCCUGUUGAAAGAUAUUCUCAAGAUGGAGAUGAAUUGCAGGAUGAAUGGUGGAAACUGCUGCCCAAUUUCAAUCUAAGACAAUAUUUUCAAGGAUUCUGUACUGCAAAUCUGGAUCCUCAAGAGUCUCGUCCUUAUUUACCACAUCGAGGUUAAUAAAUGUGAAUCACACCUUAUCUUAUUGUGAUCUAAUUUUAUUCUGAAUUUUACUAUUUGAGAUUUAAAUUGUGUAUUUCCAUGUUUACUAUUUUCAACAUUCGUAUCACAGUUAGUUAUUUAUUACAUUAGUUAGAUCUUACAGAUGAUUUCAAU